CAUACCUCUGCAACACAGGAGAAAUAUCAGUAACUUUAAAACAAGUCAGGCUUGUAAUAACUAUUUAAAAAAAUCCGUGUACUUGCAUCUAAAAUCUACUGAUUGUAUAAAUGUUUGCGGUCAACCAUAGACAACGUUAGUAUGCAGGUAAGAUUCCCUUAACAGGUUCACUGGCCUGGACGCAAAUAUCGACUGUGUGAUGUAUGUACUGCCCCUAAACAAGACUCUACAAGAAGCUGAAAGUAAAACUAGUAUGUGGUGGUUAAAUACAGGGGCGACGGUAAAGCAAAUUGGGUUCUUAACAGUCUUGCCCUGCCAAACAUGGCGGCGUAGUGGACAUACAAUUCAGCGACCAAUGUGGGCGUCUAUGUCUAUAACACGUGUGGCAAAAUUACUUGUAUGUGCAAGGUGAGGAGGAUAUUUCAAAAAGCUGUGACAAAUACUUUCUAUUUAAAUCAGACCAUCAGUCUGCAAAUACAAACGUGAAUUCGCGUCGUUAAUUGUGGACCAACAAUAAAAGUGAGGCAUCUAUAUCAUCAUAGACAAGUAGACGAAUAUAUAAGAUGUCGUCUUACCUCGUCAGCUGGUUUAUGUGGGUCAUCAAAACAGGUUUAUAUUCCUCUGUAGUCCAGGAUCCAGACAAAUUCGUAUAUUUGUUUAAGCAGAGUGAACCUGGAUCAGCCCGUCGCGUGCGCAGGGAGUGGUGUCUACACGUGGCUUUCCUACAUCUAGCUAUGAUUGGUGUAAGGAAGGUCCCUGAACCUGAUCUCAUUCCUGCCAAUAUAAUGGACCUACUCAUACUGGGCAUCAGUGUCAACUACGCUUAUACCACCCAAAUCAUAGGAUAGAGAUGACACGUUUAGAGAGUGAUUGAACCCAUGGCUUCAGAGGGCUUGAGGACUAUCUGUUGGUUUAUAAGGACUUUCCUGCCUUGGAAGGAAAACCAGACUGUGAUAACAAGGGUGAUGUUCUCACCAGGCUCACAUGUAUUUGCGUGGUGGGCAAUGAAGCCCCGGUCAGACCAGAGGUAUGAUUCUUAGUCAUGUUUGCAUUCAGACUUCGAGGUACACAGAUCUGUGUUCUUCAGCCAAAGAGAGCGUAUCCCUAAUGUAAUGUCAAAUAAUAAUCCAAAACCAGUUUCUGUCUCACUUGUUCGUACGCCCUUUCUUGCUCUGGUCCCUGAUGCCUUUAGAAAAUCACAGUACACAUGGUCACCAGGGACAACCUCAACACUGCCCGCGCUUUACAACUAAAUGUGGCAUCCUGCAGCUGGAGAUGAUUUUCACAGGUAAGCAUCACGAUUGUUUACUAGCUAAAUCCAUCCACUCAAGCUCAUAACAUCUACUGUAUUUUCAGAUCGAACAGGAACGGAUUGACAAGAUAUGGCCUAACCACCGCUGAUAAGCUUCAGGGACAAGUUCAUAAGCUUUUGAAACUGCACUUUUUUUUUUUCAAGAUCAUUUCAAAUUUUCGAUAUGCUGACGAGAGUGAAAUAAACGCUUAUUUGGCUUUACCCUCAUGGACACUUGAAACCAAAGAAUACGUUUAGCAUCAGUUUUCUUAGGCAACAAUUUGGUCGUAUUCGCAAUAUUUAAAGCUGUAUUCGAGACAAAGUGCACAUGGACCAAGAUGAGGUAGACGGUACUAAAAUGCCAGAAGAAAUUGAGAGCCGUCACGUAUCUAAAUGAAUAAACUCAACCCUAGUUUUCAGUAUGCCCACAUGCAGCUCAACGGCUAAACCGUCUACCUACGUACGAUGCACUAAAAACAACAAACUAACACAGGAGUUAAUUUGGCUCUGAAAAAUCUAAUCUCAUGAACAUAUCUUGACAAUUAUAAUGUCCUCACCUUGAUCCUUGCAAGCCACAACCUCUGCUCCUGGAAGCCCACUGCACAGCUUAGAGACAUCCCAUCCUGAGUUUAGUAUUAUGUGUGUAAAAGAGACAAAAUGAUGGAGCAAACAAUUCAGAUUUCUUCGGUCAUCACAACUGGCCCCUUUUUAAUAAAUUAUUUCUUCUGUAACUUUAUUGAAUAAAAAUAUUUGUGUCUGCAAUUUAAUAUUAACUAUAUGAAUAAAUUCACUAUAUGAA